AUGGAUCUCUACUCGACCUCUUUCACCAUCCCGCGCUCCGUCGGAGCUAGCAGCUUCGUCUCGGAUGCAGCCGCAAACGCCUCGGCUCCAUCCAACUCGGCGCCCGGCUUUGGCAACGACGUCCUCCGCAACGCCACAAAUGUAGGCGCCAGAGCCGGACCCGCAGCUUCUCCUGCCCAAGAGGCGCCCGCCUCUUCGCUGCCAGGCCGAUUCACCUCGAUGCGUUCGCGAUUCCCACCAAGCGUAAAGGCCUUCAUGCCGAGCGCCUUUGGCGGAAAACGCACCAGCGAACGUAUCGUCGAGGCCGUCGGCGCAGAGAAGGCAGAGGCAGAUGCUUCUUCCGCCGACGCCGCAGCUAAGAGUUCCUCCGCUUCCGCCGCAAAGGACGUCGAGACAUCCGCACCCCUCGCUCCCAUCGGCGAGCGUGGCAACGCACGUCCGUCCAAGCUCGCCAACGACGGCCUCGCCAACCCCGACGACCUCGCCGCUAGCCAGCAUCGAGACAGCCGCUCCACCGUCGGCACGCGCUCCAGCUUCGACCUCUCCUCCAACGCCUCCUUCAUCGCAGACAGCACCGCACCCAGCAGCGCCGUCGGUGGCAACCCUUCCAGCGCCACUCACUCGGCCUCCAACUCCAUCUCUGCCAACCAGCACGACCGCGCCAUGACAAACUCCCAGAGCUCCAAAGAUCUCCAGGACGCCAUCCAGAAGCUCAGCUCCGACGUCAUGGCAAACCAUCAAUGCCUCGUCUCCUUUGCUCCCGUGCCCCAGCCCGACGAGUCGCGCCUGCCUUCUACGCCCCUCACCCAUCCCUUCCAGCGACAGAGCUCCUUCUCCUCCCUCCAGAGCCUCGACCAACUCCCCUUCCCCAACCCCAACGCCGCCAGCUCCUCGGGCUACCCAUACCAACAGUACCACCCGCAGCCCAUCGGUACGCCCGACUCCCACUCCUCCGCCUUCUUCACAGCUCGCUCGACGGGCGAGGCGCUCGGCGCAGGCUUCCCCGGCCUCAACUCGAGCUCCCUCUCGCUCUCGUCGCUCAAUCCGCAGUCGGCCACCGGCAGCCACGUCGCACAGGAGGUCGGCCUCUCCUCCGCCCAAUCGCUGCGCUCGCCACAGUCCGCCGCCAUGGCCGCCUCCCGCGCCAGCCUCAGCGGCGUCUCCAAGCCGCCCCAGUACAACUUUCACCUCAGCGGCGGCUUCCAGCACGUCAUGAACGCUAGAGGCGCCAUCCUCCGAGAGAACCCCUUCAAGCUCACCGCGUCCAUCAAGGUGCCCCGCGCAGACGUCUUUGACAUCGCUCCGGGCUCCUCUCCACCAGGCAAGGAGAGUGUCAAGGCAGACAUCCGCCGCAAGCUCGACGAGGUUCAGACCGCCACCGGCGCCACCCUCACCGUCAAGAGCAACGACGUGCGCGGCGCCGACCUCGGCUACGGUCUCGAGACCGAGCGCAUGAUCGAAGUCCUCGUCUCCGGUCCCUUUGAGAGCGUCGAGCUCGCCCGCGUCAAGGCCCUCGUCAUCUUUGACGAGAUCACCGGUCUGCGCUCCGAGAUUUGCGAGAUCGACUACAAGCUCCACAACAUCAUCGGCGGUCGCAAGCGCUGCGUCGUCCAGAAGAUCGAGGAGGAGACCGGCACCAACAUCUACCUGCCCAGCUCCUUCCUCGGCACCUUCGGCUCCACCGCUGCUGGUCGAGCUCCUGCCCUGGCCGCCCAGCAGAACCAGAUCCACAUCACCGGCGAAUUCUUUGGUGUUCAGAGGGCCCGCGACAUGCUCUUCCAGGUAUCCAUGCACAAGAGCAAAGGCAUCAUCUCGCGCGACGCCGCCAUCCUUCCGCGCAAGCUCGACUGGAUGCUCACCGAGCGACUCGAGGAGCUUCGCUCCAUCAUGAUGGACAACGGCACCUACGUCGCCUUCCCUCUGCUCGGCAGCCAGACCAGCGUCAUCUCGGUAUUCGGCGACCAUCGCGUCAACAUUGAGCGCACCAUCCGCUCCAUCAUGCAGCUCGCCUGCCAGUUCUACGUCGCUUCCUUGUGGCUUCUGCCCGUCGGCUUCGACGUCUACAUGCCAUCGCAGGCCAACCUCAACCCAACCCAGGUCGCGCCCGUGCUCAAGCACGUCAGCAGCGCCUCCGGCGCCGAGGUCGUCUUCAAGAGCAACUGCUUCGAGAUCCACGGCCUCGAAUCCGAGGUGCGCACCGCCGUCUCGGCGCUGCUCGAUCUCGACCUCAUCAAGAGCUUCAACUUUGAAGUUCGCUUCCAGAUCGAGCUGGCCAACGAGCAUCGCGAAUUCAUCUCGGGCAAGAAGAACGGCAAGGUCAACAAGGUCAUGAAGCAGUGCGGCGUUCGCAUCAAGUUUGAGACCUUCAACGACUACAACUUCCUCAUCGACGUGUCGGGCAAUGACCGCAACGGCGUCUUGCAGGGUCUCGGAUUGCUCCAAGAGGAGCUGCCUGCCGAGAUCUCGUUUCACGUGCCCGAGGCCUAUCACAAGCGCAUCAUCGGCGUCGGCGGCAAGAACAUCCAGCGCAUCAUGAAGAAGUUUGGCGUCUACGUCAAGUUUAGCAACGCCGAGGAGUUUGCGGCGCUUGGCGGCUACCUGGACAACGAGGACAACGUGAUUGCGCGCACUCCAGCCAAGAACGCCGCCAACCUCGAGAACCUCAAGCUCUCAGUGAUGGAGCUCGUCAGCCCAAAGGACAAGGACUACAUCAGCGAGACGGUCACCAUCUCGCGUCGCUACCAUCGCACGCUGCUAGGCGAGAAGGCCAUCUUUAUCCACGACAUCGAGAGCAAGACGAGCUCGAGCGUCCGCUUCCCGGCGCGCGAGUCGGCUUCAGACUUGCUCACCAUCUUUGGUCCCGAGUCGCAGAUCCACAUUGCGGCGCAGAUGCUGCUCGACCAUGUCCCCUUCGAGGCCGAGUUCCGCGCGCCCAACUCGCCCGAGCUGGCGCAAGCCAUCCAGCUGCCCGAGUUUGCCACGCUCACCGAGCAGCUCAAGCGCGACCUCAGCAUCGCCGUGUCGCCCGUGAUCGAGCAGCGAAGGCCGGGCGGCGAGGCGGUGUUCAAGCUGAGGCUCAACAGAAGCAACACCGACUUCUUGCCUACCGCCAAGGACGCCAUCGAGGACUUCCUCAUCAACCACAAUGCCAACAUCUACGCUGCGCCCUCGAGGACACGCUCGGACUCGUUCGCAUCCGCCUUUCCGCACUUUGCGAACAAGCUCAUCUCGACUGCGGCCGCGGCCGAGUCGAACGAGUCGUUCCAGAACGCUGCGGCUGCCGCCGCCGCUGCGGAGCAGGCUCGCGUCAACGAGCGCCGACUGCGCGCUGCGGCAUCCACGCCGGACAUCAAGGCGCUCUUUGACUCGCCCGCCCAGCAUCUGCACGGCGGGCCUGGCUUCCCGACGACCAACGGCGUGAGCAGCGCUACGGCGGCCAACUCGCCCAUGAUCCCGUCGUCUCUGUACGCCUCGCCGUACGGCAACGGACGCGGAUUCGGCAGCGACGUGUGGGGCAUGCCUACGCGCGGGUUUGCACCCAGCGCCACGAGCAGUGCGACGCCGAGCCUGAUUGGACUCCCGGCCCCGGCGAUGGGCACGGCGAGUGCGGGCUUGCCAAGCCCAGCCGGUCCUGGACCUAUCGGUGGGGCUGUGCCGAAUUCUUCGGGCGGGAUCCAGUUUCCUUCGCAGCCUCUGCACCACCAGGGCGCGAACCCGAGGCUGUCGGACGAGCUGCACAUGAACCGUGGCGUCGAGGGCAUGUCGAUGGAGGAGCGGGUCAAGGCGCUGCGCAAGCCGCGCUCGUUUGCGCACCGAGCGCAGAGCCUCGACAUUGGCGCCAUGGCGGCGCAGCAGGCGUCGCAGCACGCCAGCGGCAGCAUGAGCGUGGGUCCGUCCACUCCGUACGGACUGGGUCCGAUUGGAACUGGCGCCCCUACGCACUUUCCUGGUCACGUCGGUGCGCCGUCUGGGUUUGCGGCUGGACCGGCGCACCAUCUGUACCAGUCGGCUGGGCAGCAGCCAUCGCCGCACGAUGCGCAGGCGGGCUUUGGGCUCAACAGCCACGCUGCGCAGCCGCACCACCUGCACGCGGCGUCGGCGAGCAUCUCGCGUCUGCCGCCCGGUCGCAAUGCAGCCAACCCGGAUGCGUCGACGAUGGACGAGGUGAGCCGCGUGCUGGCGCAGCUUGCGUUUGACCGCGCGUGA